AAAAGCUCGAAUGCUUCUUACAGACGAUGUUCAAUGUAUAAAGUUCAACUUUUAAACGGUUAUCAUCGCGAUAAAGGUUAAUGCGGGGCAGGUCAUUCAGUGAUUGUUGCAGUGGUUACAUUGACUUCUCAAAGCUCUAAAUCUUCAGGCUAGGGUUCCAGAUAUGGACAUUAACUGGUCGGACGUCAACUUGUGGGUUUCCUUGGCAACUAUAACGUUCAACCCUCUGUUUUGGAAUGUGGUUGCGCGCUGGGAAUACAGAAGUAAAGCCUUGUCUAAUUUAUUUCGUAACCAACGUCUGGCAUGUGUACUUCUAGGCAUUACGAUAUUCUUGCUAGGAUUAUUCCGAGACCUAAGAUUUAAGGCAGCUCUAGAUUCACAGCCCAGAUGGUACGCUCUACAUGAGAACUGGAUCCUAUGGUCUGGGUACAGCUGUAUGGCAGUAGGGGCUGUGUUUGUGCUGAUCAGCUACUACAGGCUGGGCUUCUUUGGAACAUUCCUUGGAGAUUAUUUCGGCAUCCUGAUGGAUGAGAAAGUAACCAGUUUUCCCUUCAGUGUUUUAGAGAACCCCAUGUAUUGGGGAUCAUUCCUGAAUUUUGUAGGAGGAGCAUUAGUAAAAGCUAGCCAAGCUGGCCUGGUACUCAGCAUAUGGGUGGCCGUUUGUUAUAAAGUUGCCAUACAGUUUGAAGGGCCCUUUACUGCCAAGAUUUAUGAAGAUCGAGAUCGGAAGAUGAGAUUUAACAAAAUGGCUUAAACUGUGCUGAAGUUUUAUACAUGAGUUUUAAGUUUUAUCAUAUGCUCACGGUUAAAAAUGCACGGAACUUGCAAAGUAGAAGAAAUCGGGGAACUUGACAUUAAAGAAAAAUAUGGAAAUUAGGCCAAUUAAAAAGUGAAAGAAAAAUUGUAUGGCAAAUAGUAAAGUAUUUGUGUUAAAUCUUAGUCUAACAGUGUGGCUAGAAGUGGAAGGCGUGUAUAGACCAAUCUUUCGUCAUCACCAUAAACUGUUUAUAGGUGCUAUUUUAAAGAGACUUGUUCACAGAUUGUCUUUGUAAUGCCUUUAUUUGUAUUUGCAAUUACUAAAAAAAAUACAUAUUUUGUUUGCUUGGCAUGUACUUUUUGCUGUUUUCAACAGAAUUUUAGUAAUAGCACUGUAGUAAUUUAUCUACUUAAACAUUUUCUUUGCAUUCUAAUGCUUAUUCAUAACACAUACUAAUACCAGAAACUGUCACCUACCCUAUUCAAGUAAGAGGCAGAAGAAGAAUGACUUUAACAAGGAAGGAAAAUAAUCCAUUGAUAGUGUAUAAGAUUUUGCUAACAGAAUGACUUGAAAGAGGAAGUUAACUUAAAAAUGCAGUUGCCUUUUACAGUAUUCAAGCCGGCAAAUUUAACACUACCGAUGGGUUAUUCAAGCUUAAGUGAUAAUGUAAUUUGCUAUGUCAUUACACGCUCAUUUUCUUAUUACCAAUGAAAAGCUUACUACCAAUCUAUUAAUUGAUAUGUGAACAAGUCCCUUUAAAAUAUUGAUAUUUUUUAGUUAUCGUUUUGCUAUUGCCAAUAAGUGCUCAAACACAUGUUUGUACAUCUAGAUGUAUUUUGUUGCCAUAAAUGUUUACACAUUUUUAUGAUCAGUUUUAUUGUAUAUUAUAACGUUUAUGUAAAGAGUUUUGUAUGAGUAUGGA